AUGUGGUCCGUCCUGGCCUUGCUGCUUGCCCUCUCUGGUGGAGCCAUGUCUCUGGACAAACUGAACAUGUGUAUGGAUGCAAAACAUCACAAAACAGAGCCUGGCCCUGAGGGACAACUGUACCAGCAGUGCUCUCCAUGGCGAGAUAAUGCAUGCUGCACAGCCAACACCUCUGCAGAAGCCCAUGACGAUGCCUCCUAUCUCUACAACUUCAACUGGAAUCACUGUGGCAUUAUGAGCAAGGAGUGCAAAAAACAUUUCAUCCAGGACACUUGUUUUUAUGAGUGCUCACCACACUUGGGACCCUGGAUACAACCAGUGGAUCAGAGCUGGCGUAAGGAGCGCAUCUUAGAUGUGCCUUUAUGUAAGGAGGACUGUGAAACCUGGUGGGAAGACUGCAAGAAUGAUUUCACCUGCAAAACUAACUGGCACAAGGGAUGGGACUGGAGCUCAGGUAUCAACAAAUGUCCUGAAGGUAGCAAGUGCAGUAAGUGGACUGAUGUUUUUCCCACACCCAAAUCCAUGUGUGAAGAAAUCUGGUCCAACUCUUACAUCUAUACCACAUACACCAAAACCUCUGGGAAAUGCAUGCAGCUCUGGUUCACCGGCACAAACCCCAACAAGAAGGUUGCUGAGUACUACCUCAACAAUGGGCAGCAACAGCAAAGCUCUGCUCUGCCAACACUGCUCUUCCUGGCUGUCACAUCUCUCUCUGUAAUGAUUCAUUAA